AUGCCGGACCUCUCGCAAAACAUCUCGGUGCGCAUCCUCAAGGCGGCCGAGGCCGGCCACUACGGCGUGCCAGGGGUGGUGUGCUACAACCUCGAGGCCAUCAUCGCCUGUCGCAAGGCGGCCGAAGCCAAGAAGUCACCGUGCCAGAUCCUGCUGUUCCCGUGGGCGCAGGAAUACGCGUGGGACCACCUGGUCAACCUGGCGUCGGACGUGUGCCGCAGCGCCAGCGUGCCCAUGAGCCUGCACCUGGACCACGCCCAGAGCGCGGACGCGAUCCGACGGGCCGCGCAGACGGGCAAGUUCGACUCGAUCAUGGUCGACAUGUCACACUACGAGAAGCCGGAGAACCUGGCCCGCACCGCCGAGCUGGUGCGUUACUGCCACGACCUGGGCAUCGCCACCGAAGCAGAGCCCGGGCGCAUCAACGGUGGCGAAGCCGGCGUCCAGGACACGGGCGACCUCGAAGGCAUCCUGACCACCCCGGCCGAGGCCCUGCAGUUCAUCGACACUGGCAUCGACUUCCUCGCCCCAGCCAUCGGCAACAUCCACGGGCCCUACCACGGCGUCGAGAACAUCAAGCUCGACUUCCCCCGCCUGGCCGCCAUCAGGGACGCCGCUCGGGGCAAAGUCACCCUGGUCAUGCACGGCACCAACGAGUUCACCGCCGACAUCUUCAGACAGUGCGUCCAGGUCGGCAUGACCCGGCUCAACGUCAAUCAGGUCGUCUUGCGCAACUAUGAGCGGUACGCAGCAGAGAACGCCGGCCGCACCCCGCUCACCGACUUCAUGGAGCAAGGAACCGCCUUGAUUCAGGAGCGUAUUGAGUGGAUGAUGGAUGCCGUGGGCAGCACGGGCAGAGCGACCGACGUCAAGAUCUAA